UUGUAUUGUAAAACAAAUUGUGAUGAUCAUUGAAGGUGGAUUUAUAGAAUAUAGACCUAUGAAAAGUGAAUCAGAAGAAAGUGUUAUUGAAGACAAACUUGUGGUAAACAAAAAUAUGAAAGAAAUAACUGUGAAAAGUAAAAUUAUGGGGUACAAAACCAUGGAAUAUGAAUUUGUAGAAGAUAAAACCAUGAAAACUGUGAAGAAUAAAACUAUAAAAGUUGAGUAUAUGAAAAUUCAAAAAAUGAACCUGUAG